AAUGUUGAUUGUGAAAGGAAUAGAAAAUUGUAUAUUAUAGGUAGGUACUCAAAAUAUUCCUGUUAAGGCAAUAUUACAAAUUAAUAAUUGCGUUGUUUCCAAAAAAAUUAUCGAUUUUCGUAUUUUAACCCCUUAGGUUAGGAGUUGUACAUCAGUAGCACAAAAAUAUGGACAUUGGUCUCACGGAUCCUUGGAUCACACUAACCAUCAAAGCACCAAAUCAACAAAUCAACGAUCACACAAUAAAAUGUAAACUGGAUUGGUCAGUAGCUAAGCUUAAAGGAUAUAUUCAUGAAACUUAUCCAAACAAACCAAAAACAGAGGAUCAAAGAUUAAUUUAUUCUGGCCAACUCUUAACUGACAGUGUUAUUCUGAAAGAUAUUUUGAGACCAUAUGAUGAAGAUGGACAACUCAAUCGUACUGUUCAUUUAGUAUGUUCAUCUUCGUCUUGUUGUAUCCCAUAUAAAGAAAAACUUAAAAGUGAUGAAAUUGUAAAUGAAAAUCGUGAUAAAUGUCCAAAAUUAAAUGAAGUUAACUAUGGUGCUAGUACAUCUGGAAUUAAUACCUCUGCUGACACUAAUCGAGAAGCUCAUCAAGAAGCUGAUACUAAGAAGAAUACUUCUUCUGACAAUAAACAAGAAACCAAAUCUACACAAAACCAAAUCAAAUCUAAUGAUAAUAUUAACCGUAUUCCAUUAACACCUGAACAAAUAGCUCUUGAGCAAUUAUUGUGGGUGAAUAAAAUGUAUGCUGUUCAAAUGGCAGAAUAUUGGCAAUCAGUUGCAUCAAGUUUAGGAGCUCCUAUAAAAUUGAAUACUCCAAUCGUUGAAAAUGAAUCUCCUCCAGAUUUACCAAAUAAUAAUAAUAACAACAACCAGCCAGCAGACCAGAAUAAUGUACCUGCUAAUAAUGCAAAUAUAAACGCCCAAGAAGCUGGACCCAAUCAAGAUUGGUUAGAUUGGUUAUAUGUAUCCAGUAGAGUAUUUAUUUUCAUUAGCGUUCUCUAUUUCUAUUCAUCACCUGGACGUUUUAUUGUUGUUGCUGGCUUUGCCCUUCUUUUAUAUUUAUACCAAAGUGGAAUUUUAAGACACAUUAAUGAGCAUAAUAGAAGAAGGUUUCAACCUGAACGACCCGAACAGCAUGUUGAUGACAACAGAAAUUUGCCACAAGAGCAAAAUGGAAAUACUGAGGAAACAGCAGUAAGACAAAAUGAACGUUUAGUAACUGUGAUAUGGACAUUAGUCAGUACAUUUUUUACUUCUCUUAUACCACAACAACCGGAUAUAAUAUAAAUUUUAGAUAAACCAUAUGUAUAAAUUAACAUAUUAAAUAAAUAUGUAUAUUUACUAUUCUAUUUAUAAUAAUGAUAUAAUCAUAUUCUUUAUUCUGUUGUAUUGUUCUAGUUCUAUAUUGUUGUUUUAUUUUAAUUUAUAACUAAUUAAGUUAAGCUUUAUUGUAAUUGGGGUAUUUAAAUAAUAAUACUAUAUUACUAUGUAAUAUAUAUAUAGUGACCACAUUAUGUAUUUGUAUAAAUAAAAAAUAAGAAGCACUUA